GAGCGCCAGCGGCUGCCCCCGGUCUCGGCGCCGCUCGGGACGUCGCAGCGGCUGCAUGAGGAGCGAGAGUGAGCCAAGCGGCCUCUUAGCCCCUGGCGCCUCGUGAUCAAGGCCGUCAGUCGGGGGUUCUCGGGUGGGCGAUCACCCUCGGCUCCAGGCACAGCACCGGGCGAGCGGCGAUAACCGGUCCAUGGCUGCUACGUCGGCUCCGUCAUCCUUGGCCCUGAGGGGCCCGACCCAGGCCGCGGCCCCCAGCUCGUACGGCGUCUUCUGCAAGGGGCUCUCCCGCACCCUGCUUGCCUUCUUCGAGCUGGCCUGGCAGCUGCGCAUGAACUUCCCCUACUUCUACAUCGCGGGCUCCGUGGUCCUCAACAUCCGCUUGCAGGUACACUUCUAGAGCCCUGAGUAAGCAGCCAGUACCACCGGCCUGCAUGAUGGCCGACUCCCAGGCGCCUCCGCGGCGCGGUGGAGCUGAGGGCGAGGAGCCCCGGUAUCUCGCGAGAGUGCCUGGCCACGGUCGGGGCUGCGCUCUCCGCUCUCAGCCCGUCUCCCUAACUGCGUCUGCCUCCAAAGCGCUGGCGAAACGAGGAAGAGGUACGCGACUCCAGGAAUAGAAAACUUCAGUUAAGACCCACGACGGUGUUUAAGAAGCUGUGCGUCUUUAAAACAAACGAGACAAGCAAGAUGCGUUAUAAAAAGGGAAGGCUACUAAGAGACUGGAUUAUAAACAGGACAUUGAAUGACUUACAAGCUUAAGAUUUUAAGACUAUAACGUGCAGGCAUAGGUUUUCUUUAUCCCACAAAAGAAAACAUAUCAUCAGAAACUUUCAGUGAGGGAGUUUCCUGGUUGACUAGUGGUUAGGAUUUGCUGCUUUCACCGCUCCUGUGGCUGGAGUUCAAUCCCUGGUCCUAGAACCGAGAUCCUACAUCAAACCCUGCAAGCUGUGGCCAAAAAGAAAAGAUACUUUUAUUAAAACAACAACAAAACAAACUGUACAGGAAAUGCAUCCUUCAGAUACCAAACAAUGUAAAGUGCAGCAAGAUUUGGAUCAGAGGGUUGGAGUGUAAGAAAGUGGCCUCCAUUUCAAUGUCCCUAUAAGUAGCAUGCAGUUCAAAGACCUUGGAGCCAAAGAGAAGGAAAUCCAGGCAUAGCACAAAGCUUGGCGAUUUAUUGAAUAGCAUUUAAAUAAUGUAAAUGCUAUUUAUGUUCUUCAUCUUUUUAAAAGGAUACUUAAUUAUGGUUACAAAGUUGAAUGCAAGUGUUGUCAGCCUUAAUGGUGUAAAAGCAGUUUCCAGUGAGGAUGGAGGGAGAAGGUACAUGGAAUGGUGGUGGAGUCCUUAUAAAAUGGAAAGUUGGGAGAUACAGUCUGUUGUUGAUGGGGAAGAGGGCAUUUUAUUAAUUAAACAGUAGCCAUGAAGUUGCUAAAAUAUAAUUAUGAAAGAGGAAAAGAGAGGGAAACAGCAUGAAGUCAACAAGAAAUGCCUAAAGAUGACAGUUCUGGUGGUAUGUCUCAAAAAGAAAAACAUACAUUACCUGAUGUGUUUGAAUACAGAGUCAAGAGAUUUUUGGUAUUUAGAGAGGCUGGAGAUAAUUUAGUUGUCUGUAGAUUUUUUUAAAUUAGGCACAAAGCUGAGUAGUUAUGAAUCCCCAGAAAACAUAAGAUGUUGUUUAAAAACUAUUCUGCAUAAUUCAACUGUGAUUAGUAUUAGUUAUAUAACAUCAGUCAUAAUUAUGUAAAUGCUGAAAAUAUAAUGUAACAUUAUUAGGUAACAUUGGGGAGAUUGGAGAGGAGAUGUAUGCAUAAUGAGGGAGAAUCAAUCAAGAUCUAAUCAGAAAAGUUGAUAAAAAGGCAAUAUAAACAUGUUACUUAGAAAAAAGUACAAUAAGGACCACCUAAGAGUUAAAAGUGAUUGUCUCUGGAGAAAGAAAAUCAGGGAUGGGCAGAGAAAAGGUGGAGGAUUGCUGUUUUCCAUUACCAGUCUAACAGUAUUAUUUGAUUUUUCUUAUCCUUCUAUAUAUUUUCUUUGAUUAAAAAAUAAUUUGAAUUUCAUUUUUAAAAGUCCUCCAGGUAAUUGAAAUGUACACCAGUGGUUAAGAGCACCAGAGUAAAAGUUUUUAAAUCAGACAGAUGUCUGUUAAAAUGCAAACAAAUUUUGUGGAGGCCAUUGAUCUUGUCUAAACUUCAGUUUCCUCAGUUCUAUCAAAUGAGAGUAAAAAUACUCAUCUUGAAAAAUCAGCCUGAGAAUUAAAAAUAAGCCUGACUUAGUGCUUGAUGUAUACACAAUAAACAGUGUUUGUCAUUACAGCAUAUCUCAUUAACGUGUGAAUAAAACUUAAAAUUCUCA